AUGGAGCUGGGACAGAAGCUACUGUUGAUGCUGGUGGCUGCAGCUUUCCUGUGCUCUGGGGACCUGUGCAUCAUUGCAUCCAAGGUCAAUGGCCUUGUGCCCUACAGCAGCAUCACCGUUACGUUUCUCAUCGAGGUGCUCAAGCUCAGCGCCAUGCUGACUGCGAUUGUCGUCACACACUCGACGGUCCCGAGUCACGUCCAGCUGCGAAUGAGCGGUUACUACGCAAUACCGGCCUUACUCAACGCUCUGGAGUGCAACCUGAAUUAUGUCGUGCUGCGCUACUUGGACGCUGCUACAGUGUCGGUGCUCUGGAACUUGAAGAUCCUGCUGACUGCUGUGCUAUUCCGCUACGUACUCAAGCAGCAGUUGUCGGAACUGCAAAAAUUGGCAAUCGUUUUGCUGGUUUUGGGCGUAUUGACCAGCCAGUCCGACCGUUUUCACAGCAACGUGGUCGUAGAUGACUCACAUCAAACGAUGCUGGGUCUACUGCUAGCACUGCUUGGCGUGACGUUGUCGUCAUGUGCGAGUGUAUGUGCAGAGUGGACGUUGAAGCGACAAUCAGACUGCCCUUUCCUUUGGCAAAGCGUGCAGAUGUACGGAUUCGGCGUGUUAUUUAACGCUUUGGGUCUGCUACUUGUCGAUAGGAAGCUGCUGCUGUCGGACGGGUUCUUUUACGGCUACAGCAGCUGGACAUUGGUUGUGGUCGUCGUCAACUCUAUCGGUGGUAUCUUUAUGGCCUGCAUCCUCAAAUAUCUGGACAACAUCGCCUGCGUGUUCUCGCACUCGAUAGCCAUGACGUUCACGACGUUUCUGUCUAUGUUGUUCUUUGCCUUUUCGCCCUCCGUUGAGUUUGGUUGUGGGCUUGGAGUACUGAUCAUUUCCAUGUAUCUCUACCAUCAUCCACUAGCGCAAAUUAUCUCUGACAAAGAGACUUUGCCGGAUAGCAAUACGAGCAUUGAAGAAGGCGAUGUUGAUGCUCCUUCGCUGAAAGUCAAGAAGCUGAACAAGUACAAAGAGGUAUCGAUUGAAAUGCAGGAAAUCGAGUCUCAAAUGCCUCAAUCUAAAGCCCAAGGUGACAGUUUCAGCUCCUAA